UGUGUUUUUCGCUGGGUCUCUGUGUUUUUUUUUCUGUUUUUAGUUUAUAUUGGUAUCUGUUUAUACACAGUGUAGGUCUAUGCAAUGUAUGAAGUCAGACUUUCGCCUACACUGAAAGUUUUAGUAGAUACAUUGCUGUGUGCAACUGUUGCUUGCGCAGAGGCAAGAUCUGUCAACUGUAUCAUUGGUGUACAUAGGUGCCAUUUUGUGUUGUUGGCUUCUUGUUACUUUUAUUUACUGUAUUAAAGUAGCUCAGCAGUACUUGAUACAUGUACAUGUACGGUUAUCUGGUGAUAUUCAGGGCAGUUAACGACCACAAACCAAAGAAUGGCUUCAAUUCCUAGCGUGUAAUAGGCUACUGCCGACAUUCUAAAACAUUUACAACGGAGGGAGCAUUGUUUGUCCACAGCCUAUCGCCCCUAUGACAGUUAUGUUAACUGCAUGUUUUGAUGGGUUGAGUACACUACUUGAGUAUAUUGAGAUUACAAUCUUAACUUGAUUUCCGAGUGGUGAAGGUAUGUGGUUGGACGACACUGCAUAGCCUACUCAAGAUUGGGAACAAUAGACCCGGGUCAUUCCAAAAGUACUGCCAACUGUUGUGCAUUACGUCAUUGACAGAAGCUAAACCACGUGUGCGCCAAGCAUCUCGAGAUCAUCUGCUUAUAAUGCACUUGCCUUAUGCUUUGGGCGCUUAAUCUAUUAUCCGCGAGAUUCAAUUAUGUGGGUCUUCUGGCCACCCCUUCUGUCAAUUUUUUUGAUAGUGUGUCAUGCAGUGGAGAAACUUUGUUUUCAUUUUAAGUGCGAACCCCGUAUGAGUGUUUCCAGUUGCAGCGCUUGUAACACGGGUUAGUUCAUCUUAAGGCAGGAACUUUAUCUCAGUCUUUUCUUGUGAUUGUACAUCACAAAAUGUAAACACAGCAUAUAGCUCGAGUAUAGAAAUAUCGUUUUUCUAUUUGGUGUGGUGUUUGUUUAUUUAUGCGUCUGUAGACACAAUUGUAUUUGAUGUCAGUAUUGUUAAGGUUUUUAUUCCGCGUUCAGUUUAUUUCCUUCCUAAAUUUGUAUUCGUCCACAUGUGCCUUUUCUCUUGUGUCAGAUGUUUUGUUGUCUGUUUUGAAAAGCGAGAUUGGACUCAAACAAGCAGCUGGUAAAGCCUGCCUUGGGCUUACACACAUCAGCUCACAAAGGGAGUUAUACUGAGUUUCUUAAGUGGGCACUAGAGAUUUUCUGAGAGGAACAGUGGAGGUUGGUAAAUUGGUCCCAUGGUGAUUGCCAUACUGUGUUGAAUGGAAAUGAGAAGUUUGAUCACUUACUGGCAAUUGGGAUUAGGCUAUUAGGCUUGUGAAAUUUUUUAAAUUGAUGGCUGGGUACUGUAUUUUUUUAAAUGCUCUGGUUUCAUAAUGCUCACCCGGCCCUCUUCUCAGUGGCUCAUCACUCAAACUUCACAAACUCUAAGCAUUCCCUCGGACCUCUAAACUGUAAGACGAACGGACAAGAUGAUGGCAGUGUCGGCACCUAUUUGGAAGGCUUUACUCGCCUGCCCGGCAGAACCCCUCGCUCUCUCUCACCCACAGGCUAACCACAGCCAAUCGGAGGGACGCAGGGGGGAGGGGCCUGAGGAGAGCCAGCACUUAAUUGGUGAUGGUCUCACUGACUGGAUGACGGAAGAAGUGGAUUUCUCCUCUUACCUCCCAACCCCUCACUCCUCACCCUCCCCCAAUGCCUCCCUUCCCCCUUCACCCCUCCAACAUGAUAUCCAGGUGCCCUCGGAUUUGGAGGUCAUGACCUCCUUGCUGCAAGAAGAGCUCGCUCAACUAGAGGAUUACUUCCUGUCCGACCCACUUCCUGACAAAGCAUCAAAAUUGGGCAAAUGUGACAAGGGUCCAACGCCAGUGGGGCCCCCAUCAUACUACCAGUUGCCCUAUUCGUCAUAUGCCACUUCAAACCAACCGGAAUCCAGCCCUCUUCUUGUUACCCUAGCAACUGGGGAACUCGACCUGCUGAGCUUUUGUGGAAGCCCAAUAGGCCGAUCAAAGAUCCCGAGACACGCCCCGUACAGUUGCAGCCGCCCCAACAGCAAUGGCUGCGGCCGAAAGAGAGGUUCCGAUGGGCUGAGGGUGGGGGAGGGCUACGAGAAUAGCAUCUGGAAUUCCAAAGGAAAUUGCUCAGGUAACCCAACGGUGGCACUUGGCAGUAGUUACAGCUGCGUUGAAGAUGAGAGGGUAGUGGGGAAAGGGUACUGCUUGGGCAGCACGGUCGAAAUCAGAAGGUGUGCCAUUUUACCAAAGGAAGAGAAAAAUUGCCGUUACUCAGAAGAAACCAUGGGUGGUGGCAAAAUGAUUGGCAAUGGGUAUGGCUUCACUGGGCCACUCGAAGGCCCACAUAAGAAAGAGGAAAUGUUGAUGUAUGGCGUAAGGGAAGUUAGUAUUAGUGGAAUUGGUGUUAGCAAUGAAGUAGCAAUGAUGAGUGAAGGCAAAGGCAGUAGUGAGGUUGCAAAGGCCAACAACCUUUGGAAAACCGAGUCCAAUGAUGGAUGUUUCCUUCAGGGCUCGGCCCAAGUGGAGGCCUACCACAGCUUCCUAGGUGCUAUGAGUGAACCAGUCAAAGCAGAAGGCAUGCAGAUGGGGCAUCACCAACAUAGCGAAUUCCACUGUGGCUUUUUAGAGGGACAUGGCUCCGAGUGCCUGGUGGGGGACAGGCAGGGAUCUGACAUGGGGUCUGACAUGGGUUCUCCAGGGGUGGGGUGUGGGCUGCAGGAGGACCUGUGCUCUCUGACGGAUGAACUAGAUGUCCUUCCAGGAGAGCCAGUUCCAGGACAGCGCAGGCAGAAGAAGCGGGACCAGAACAAGACCGCUGCUCACAGAUACCGCCAGAGGAAGCGAGCAGAGCUGGACUGCUUGGAGGAACAGCUACAUGGCCUUGAGGGAAGGAAUCGCGAGCUCCGGGACAAGGCGGAGUCCGUGGAGCGUGAGAUCCAGUAUGUCAAAGACCUCCUGAUUGAGGUGUACAAGGCCCGCAGCCAGCGCCUUAAACAGGAGGCCAGCGCUUGAACCCCCUGCACCCUACACCUGAUGCCAAGCGCCCGUGAACCGAUGCCCCAGCACCAUACACCUGAUGCCAAGCGCCCGUGAACCGAUGCCCCUGCAAGUAGAUCUGAGAGCGACAUAACAGGGAAUGCGAUUUAAGUUAGAAUGUUUUUGAGAGCGUUGAAUGUUUUUUUUAAAAAGGGAUAGGGGUUUUGCACGUUAUAAGUGUUUUUUUAAGUUUAUUUAUUUUGUUAUUUUGUUGUUACAAACUGACAAAGUCCACUAGCUGCAGCACAAAUUCCACUAUAUGAGCACUGCUACGACUAAGUAAGCACUGUGAUCCUGUCAUGUCUUAAGUGACAAUCAGCUUUUCGCAUGGGUAUCCUUUCUCCAAGACUACCGAUAAAAGCGGGUCCUUGUUUUAUAUAUAUAUAUCUAUAUGAUCAAUUUUAAUUUAGUCCUAAGAAUAACACAUUUCCUUUUUUUUGGUUAGCAAAGGUGAUGUGAACCACCCUCUGGUAUUUCUGUGUAUGAUCUAAUAUCAAUAAUAAUCUUCACUGAGCUAAAAAAACAAAAAGGAUGUGCACUAAGCAGGAAUAGAAGUUCUUGUCAAUAGUAUAUGUUCAAAUUUGUAUUCCCUCAGGAAAAUGAGCUACAUGAAGUUUAAGUCCCCACUUAAGUAAGUUCUGCAGCUCAGGUUUAUAUACAUGUCCAAAGUUCUGGAGGUAUGUCAGUUUGUAACUUGUGUGUGCUACAAGCUCAAUGUGUGUGUCAUUUUUUCUUUCCUCUGCAUGGCAAAGACUUCAUGGCUUCUCGUGUGUUUUUGUUUUCCGACAGACUGUAUAGCACAUCACCAUUGCACAAGUUUAGAGUGCUAAGUCCCUCAUUUCCAGCAAGGAGAAAAUGCCAGUGUCUCACUCCUUGCCCUGUCAUUUCAUGUAAUGGUGAUGUGAAUGGGUAUUUUACUUCACAAACUACUGCUUGGCCCAAUGUCACUGCUGUAUCUGCGAGAACAAUCAGGGUUUGUGAUUUUAUAAGGCUUGAAUGCUCUGAUUUCUAUCUUUGAAUUGUUUCUUGAGUGAGAGACAAUAAGACAUUUAUAGUUAUACAGCUUUUUAUAUUUUUCACUAGAAUGUUUGUUGUAGCAUUUGAUGUUCAUACGUACAGCAUAGGCUGCAGUGUCUCUGGUUUUAGCAAUAUUUCAUCAACAUUUCACUCAAUGUUAUGAUUUAUUUUUAAGUCGGAUUAAUGAAUAUAGUUGAACAAUCAUAGUAUAAAUGGGUAUGAUGAAGACGCAAAUGCCUGAACUAUGAAAAGAAAUGUGAAUAUUUUUAAUUUAUUUAUCAGUUUAUGAUUUUGGUUCAUGCACCUUAAAAGAUAUAGCAAUAGAGGCCAAUAUUUCUUUUCCAUAUUUUUUAUUUCUUCUAUACAGAUUAUUGAUAGCAGAUGUUUUACAGUUUGGCGAUAUACAAUCAUGUUUAUGAAAUAUAGCUAACAGUGCAAUGUGAUUUCUGUCAUUUUGUGGUUUAGAUGUGUUUCAAUUAUGGGGCUACACGCAGUUGAGCUUACACUAUUUUGAUAUUUUACACCAGCUGAAAUACCAACAGUAGCCAUUUUGUAGGAGACAUGUCGAUGUGUCAUCAUAUUUGCUUUGUGCUUCAUGUCAUUCCUCUUACCCAAAUAAAGUGAUUUGUGACCGCA